AUGCGCCAUCAUCUCAUUGAAGGUCUUAAGGAUCAGUACAUGACGAUUGAGAGUCCAUUGGAUCUUUGGAAUGCUUUAAAGCACAGAUACGAUCACCAAAAGAUGGUGUUGCUUCCAAAGGCAAGACACGACUGGAUGCAUCUCAGAUUCAUGGACUUCAAGUCCGUGGAUGAGUACAACUCGGCCUUGUUCAAAAUCGUCUCUAUACUAAGGCUGUGUGGUGAAGAAGUGUCCGAUGUGAUGAUGCUUGAAAAGACCUAUACGACUUUCAAUCAGUCGAAUUCUGUGUUGCAGCAGCAGGGACGUAGACGUGACAAUCAUAACGGUAGAGAUAGCUACUCAACCGGCCGAAGGGGAAACCACAAUAACCGUGGUCGUGGUUCCAAUUACGGUCGGGGCCGAGGGAGUUAUGGCCGUGGACGAGGUGGCAUAUCCAAACCAUCUUACACGUCCAAGUCCUUAUGUCACAGAUGCGGGAUGGACAAUCAUUGGGCCAAGAACUGCAGAACUCCAAAGCACUUGUGCGAACUCUAUCAAGAGAGUAUCAAGAACAAGAACCCGGAGGCAAAUAUGAUCCAAGAAAACGGUCAUGAUGACAAGGGAUAUGAUGCUGAUGAUGAAUCCGACAGGGACAGCAAAGAUGACCAAAUGGAUUUUGAAACUUCUGAUUGUCUAAAGGACUAG